AUGAUGAAAUUCGCUUGGGAUAACUACAAACAAUACGCACUCGGGAAAAAUGAGCUGCGACCGCUGACUAAGAACGGCCACAUCGGUAACAUGUUUGGAGGCCUCCGAGGAGCUACGGUGGUGGAUGCCUUAGAUACCCUGUACAUCAUGGAACUCGAGGAGGAAUUCCAAGAAGCAAAGAAGUGGGUGGAGAAGAGCUUUGACUUGAAUGUGAACGGAGAAGCAUCCUUGUUUGAGGUGAACAUCCGCUAUAUCGGAGGACUGUUGGCCACAUACUACUUAACCGGAGAAGAGGUGUUCAAGAGUAAAGCUCUGGAACUUGGAGAGAAACUUCUGCCAGCUUUUAACACCCCCACCGGUAUCCCACGUGGCGUCAUAAAUCUGGGCAGCGGCAUGAGUUGGAGUUGGGGUUGGGCAUCUGCCGGAAGCAGCAUCUUAGCAGAAUUUGGUACCUUGCACUUAGAAUUCCUGCACCUCUCGGAGCUCUCUGGCAACCCUGUGUUUGCAGAAAAGGUGAUGAACAUCCGGAAGGUCCUGAACAGAGUUGAGAAGCCGCAGGGCCUUUAUCCCAACUUCCUCAGCCCGGUGACAGGGAACUGGGUGCAGCACCACGUCUCCAUUGGGGGGCUUGGGGACAGCUUUUAUGAAUAUCUCAUCAAAUCUUGGCUGAUGUCAGACAAGAGAGACUCUGAAGCUAAAAAAAUGUACGACGGUGCGCUAGAGGCAAUAGAGAAGCAUUUGGUCCAAAAGUCCACGGGAGGAUUGACGUACAUUGCUGAGUGGAGGGGUGGCGCCUUGGAACAUAAAAUGGGCCACCUGGCUUGCUUCUCUGGGGGCAUGAUCGCACUUGGAGCUGAAGACGCUGGAGAAGAGAGGAAGCAACAUUACAUGGAUCUCGCUGCAGAAAUAACAAACACGUGUCACGAGUCUUACGCACGCUCAGAUACCAAACUCGGGCCUGAAGCCUUUCGCUUUGAUGCUGGAACUGAAGCCAUGGCAACCAGACUCGGCGAGCGCUACUACAUCCUACGUCCAGAAGUGGUAGAAAGCUACAUGUACAUGUGGCGGCUGACCCACGAUCCCAAGUACCGGCAGUGGGGCUGGGAGGUUGUGCAGGCCCUGGAGAAACAUUGUAGAGUAGAAGCUGGUUUUUCUGGCAUCCGAGAUGUUUACACCACAACCCCAACCCAUGACAACAUGCAACAGAGUUUUUUCCUCGCAGAGACUCUGAAGUACCUCUAUCUUCUGUUCUGUGAAGAUGACGUGCUGUCCCUGGACGACUGGGUGUUCAACACUGAGGCUCACCCCCUGCCAAUCAACCACACGAACUUUAAAGCAAGUGUGCAGUAGUGAGGCCACUGCCCAGUGUCCUGCUUCUGCAGCCUCGGCGGGUUACUGCAUUUCCUUUCCAUUAAAGGAAUUCGCAUUGUUCCUAAAAUGGUAUUUUGGGGCACUAGUCCAAUUCCGGACAGUAUUAUAUUGGGAAGAUGAAACCAUGACGUAAGCACCUUCUUUUCCUCUGUGAGGAGCUCUAUUAGCCUGAUAAUGAAAUGUUUAUUCUGGGCCAUAUUGUACACAGUUCAUAGACAUUCCUUUAUACAGAGAAUUUAUAUGAAAUCCACUGAUUUUGCUUUAUAGUGGCCAAAGGACUGGAAGUUUGCCAUAAAAUAGACUU